UCGCAGAGGCGUAGGCCCGCAGGUGUCGCGCUGUAUGUCUGCAAACCGGCCGUGCGUCCGUACGCUCGCCAUACACGCUCUAUCUACGUAGUGAUUGUGCUGUGUCUCUAAUAAGAAAAUAACUAUCAGUUCUAAGCCCAACCUGAAAGUGACAGUAAAGUCAACACUGAUACUACAGGAAGAAAUUGUGUAAUUGCCAAUUGUGUUGAUUAUUUCACAGAUUUCAUAGUGAUCAAACUGAGCGGAGAUGGCAUCUGAAGCAGGUCUGCCGGUGGAUCUCUAUAUUUAUGACCUGACAAAUGGAUUGGCUUCUAUGUUCUCGCCUGCCAUACUGGGUAGACAGAUAGAAGGCGUGUGGCACACGUCCGUCGUGGUCUACGAGCGGGAGUUCUUUUACGGCAGCGGGGGCGUCACCAUCUGCGCGCCGGGCAGCACCCGUCUGGGCGCCCCGCGGCAGGUGGAGCGGCUCGGGGAGACCUUCGUGCCGUUCCAGGUGUUCGUGGACUACAUCCAGGGGCUCGCGACCACCACCUACACCGGCGCGGAGUACCGUCUGCUGGAGCACAACUGCAACCACUUCAGCGAGGAGCUGGCGCAGUUCCUGUGCGGCGCGCACGUGCCCAAGCACAUCGUGGAGCAGGCCGACAACGUGCUGGCCCCGCCGCAGCGGCGAGAGCUGCAGGCCCUCGUCGACAGCCUCCUGCCCGGAGACGACGCCACGCAGGCGGUGUACGCGAACGGUGUGCGGCAGAGUCGUCGCGAUAGCCCCGACUUCCUGACGCUCAACACGCAGAUCGAGGAGGCCAGGCAGCAGAGCGCGGAGCUGGAGCAGCGGCGCAGCUCGCUGGCGGAGAAGCUGGCGCGGAAGGAGCGCCGCCGGGAGAAGAAGCGGAAGAAGCUGCAGCGGGACCACCCCGACGGAGACGCGCACUCCUACGAAGAUAGCGAGAUGGCGGAGGCUGUGGAGGCGCCCCGGUCGGAGGAGCUGGCCAGGGCGGGCGGCAGUGCGGCGGACGCGCUGCAGCUGGAGGCCGAAGAGCGCCGUCUGGAGGAGCAGCGCAAGCGCAGCCGCGACCCGCCCAUCGUCUACAAGGACAUCGACGGCACAGUGGAGUUUGAGAAGCUGUCCAAAGCACUGGAAGGCGUGGAGCUGUCGCCGGAAGAGCUGCAGAGUCUGGACGAGCUGCAGCAGUACCUGGUGCAGGGCGAGGGCAGCUGGGUGCUCGGGGAUGAAUUCCUAGCGUUCAUCGGCCGCGUCCUCAACGACGGCAACAUCAGCGGCGAAGCACGGGAGGCGGCCCUGAGAAGCUUAGCUGCUGCCGCGCUGCGGGACGACGUGUCGCUGCUGCUGCACCAGGACCGCCGCCACCACGCGCUGCUCAACUACGCGCACGGCAUCGACGCCCGCCCCCUGCCCGAGCAGAGAGCCACCGCGCUGCUGAUGUGCAACCUGUUCGAGAACAUCUCGUCGUCGGAGUGGCUGCUGUACAUCAGCGAGUGGGACUACAACGGACAGCCGCUGUCCAACAUACGGGCCACCACUAAGGUGUGCGUGCACAGCUGCCUCAGCGAGGACGGAGACCUCCGCGAGAUGGGCACCGCACUGAUGCACAACAUCGCCACCAAGGAGCGCUUCAGCGUCGGACGAGCACUCCGCGACCUGCUGCCCACACACGCCAAGUCCAAGGUGUUCGACGAGGUGUGCGUGGAGCUGGCCAUGGCGCUGCUGCAGCUGCUGCAGAGCGCCCCCGCAGAGGAACACCUGUACAGGGCGUGCGGCGCGCUGGCGCGGCUCGCGCACCACUCGCACGACGUGCCGCAGCUGGUGGCCGUCGUGGGGCCCGACCCCUCCGCCUACAGAGGAACGAGUCAGCGCGUGGAUGAACAGAUAGAUUUAAUUAUGAAGAAGAUCAAGUAACUGCAAGUGCGAGUGCGGCGGGAGAGUGCGCGGGGCGGUUUGUUAUGUUUUAUAUCACAUAGGACAUUGUAUUGACACGUUCUAUUUUGUUACUGCUCAAAUACCAUAUGUUCUCUUCACUUGACCAUCGUAACCAAUCAGAUGCGAGCGUUUUGUUGUUCAUAAUUAAUAUAAUCAGCGGUGUUGGGUUAGGAUAGUGUACGGUUGCCAAGCCCCGAUCCGAAGAUCACCAAGGAGGCAUUAAGAUCCGGCGGUGGCGUGCGGAGGCUAUUCCCUGCUCGCCUAGAUAAAAGGUCCUUUCGAUGGGAACCGUGACGGUGGUUUUGGAGAAUGCAUAUGCGAUCCCAUGGCUACGCCGACAUGUUCGAGGAGGAAUAGUCGUUAGGUUUUUGGCCGAUAUGAAUCCGGCAGUCCCCAUUUGGCCCCUAAGCCGGUGGGUCUCUAUGAAGAUUUUCCUGACGUUAAAACGUUGACGUUGCCAGGCCCAAAUUUAAAAAACUAGGAUUGAAAGUUCAAAAGCCAGGACUAUCCAGUUUAAAAACAGAACGCAGUAAU